AUGCAGAGAAGGUUGUUUGCGCUUCUCCGCAGGAGGAUUUUCUCUCGCUCGGAAGACCCAUCAUCAUCACCAUCAUCGUCGUCGUCGUCUGCUGCUGCUGCUGUGGGGCUGGACGGCGUGCAGGCCAAAAGUGCGGCCGCCUCUUCACUGCAGGGCCAUCACGCAGCGCCGGUGUGUGGGACCUCCUCCUACGGCGACUGCAUUGAUCGCUACAUCCGUGAUCUCGAGGAGUACUGCAGUGCGUCCAGGGAGGCGGUGCAGAGUGCCCAGCAGCGCUUUGAUGCCAUUCUAGUUGAGCGGGAAAAGGCAAAGAAUGAAUACAGGCGGGAGUACAUGCGGACUUUUAUUCCUUUGGUGUUUGUUACGGUGCUCUUCAUUCGAGAGCAAACAAAUAGAAACUGUGCCGAACAGACACAUUACGUUCUCAAGGAGUAUGCGAGUAGGAGCAGCUCCCUAAAGCGGGUAGUGCUCUGA